AUGGCCGGAUGUAAGUGCGUGACUCUGCUUCUCCUCCUACUCGGCGUGAUUCCCAUUGGCAGCAGGAAGAACUGGAGACGGCGUGGGCAGUCAGCGGUACCCAGCAGUCGUGAGAGAGGUGAUCGGGGAGGUGAGAGCUUCCCACUAGACUUCACUGCUGUGGAGGGAAAUAUGGAUAACUUUAUGGCUCAAAUCAAGAGUCUGGCACAAUCUCUCUAUCCAUGCUCUGCUCAGCGAUUGGAUGAGGAGAUGAAAUUACACCUCCUGCACAACCAAUCUGUGACUUGCAAUGAUGGCAGUCCUGCUGGUUACUACCUCAAGACUUCCGAAGGCAGCAAACGGUGGCUCAUUUUCCUAGAAGGGGGCUGGUACUGCAUCAGCCGGGAGAACUGUGACCUGCGUUAUGACACUAUGAGACGACUCAUGAGCUCCAAGGGAUGGCCAGCAACCAAAACUGCUGCUGGGAUUUUGUCCACUCAGCCAGAGGAGAAUCCUUACUGGUGGAAUGCAAACAUGGUGUUCAUCCCGUACUGCUCUAGUGAUGUGUGGAGUGGAGCUUCACCCAAAGUAGAAAAAGGUGAAUAUGCUUUUAUGGGGUCGCUUAUUGUGCAGGAGGUGGUGAAGGAGCUUCUUGGGAAAGGUUUGGACACUGCUAAAGUCCUCCUGCUGGCGGGUAGCAGUGCUGGUGGGACAGGGGUUCUUUUAAAUGUGGACCUAGUGGCUGAGCAGCUGGAGGAGUUGGGAUACACCGGAAUCCAGGUCCGUGGUCUCUCUGACUCUGGCUGGUUCCUGGACAACAAGCAGUAUAGGAGGACUGACUGUGCCGACAUAGUCACCUGUGCACCCACAGAGGCCAUUCAAAGAGGAAUCAGGUACUGGAAUGGGGCGGUUCCAGAACGUUGUAAACAGCAGUUUAAAGAAGGAGAGGAAUGGAACUGUUUCUUUGGGUAUAAAAUCUACCCAACGCUGAGAAGUCCGGUGUUUGUGGUUCAGUGGCUGUUUGAUGAAGCCCAGCUAACCGUGGAUAAUGUCCAUCUGAGUGGUCAGCCUGUGCAGGAGAGUCAGUGGCUUUACAUUCAAAACUUGGGCCGCGAGUUAAGGAGCACUUUGAAAGAUGUGGGGGCAUGCUUUGCGGCUGCUUGUCUAUCUCAUGAAGUCAUCACACGCAGUCACUGGACAGAGGUGCAAGUCCGUGGAACUUCACUCCCCCGUGCUCUGCAUUGCUGGGACCGUAGCCUGCAGGACACCCACAAAAACAGCAAGACCCCAAUCAAGGGCUGUCCCUUUCAUCUGAUGGACAGCUGUCCCUGGCCACAGUGUAACCCCACGUGUCCUUCUAUUCGAGACCAUUUCACGGGGCAGGAGAUGAGCGUUGUCCAGUUUCUAAUGCACCUUGGUUUCGAUGUACAGAAGAUGGCGAGCCAGCAGGGUUUGGAACCAGGCAAACUGUUGGGCAUGCUGAGCAGCUAG